UCGGACUAGUAUAGGAGGAUAUGAGCAGUAAAGAUCGCAUGCUGUCGGCUGUGUGUUUUAGUCAAGUGGGGGAUUUCUCGAUUUCUUUUUUUUUUAACUGUUAUUCAGGCUGAAUUUUGUGCCAAAGAGAUGUGCAAACGAAAAUUUUCCUAACCACGGGAUGUGAUGUGUUAGCCAUCUUAAAAACCUGUGAACAGCUCACGCGAACCAACUGUUAUAUUCCUGGCAUCUUCCGGCGUACUUAGAUUAACUAUUGACUCACCACUUGAGAACCGCUGGACUAUCUGCGGACAUGGAGGAAGAUCCCGAAGUCCUGGAACCGCUGAACCCGCCUGUGGAACCCACCGUCACGGAGGUGGGCGGCCGGUUCAACGUGAAGAAAGUCGAGCCGGGCGACCUGCCGCCGUCGUUACCCAAACAACACUCGCUGGACGACCCCGGGGAGGGGUCGGACGACAACGGCGACAAGAUCGAGAACCUGGACGACGGUGAGGUGGACCUUGAACUUGGGGACGGCCGGCAGUACAGCAAGAACUCAGUACGGUUCGGCCCACUGCCAUCCUCCUACACAUCGGCGUCUACCAGAGAGGGGGAGAACAGUGCUCAGAAUAGAGAUCACCUCCCUUUAGCUGACAAUGAAGAGUCUAUGUACAAUCAUAUGGCCUUGUAUGAGGACGAUCUGACCCAUCACGGCAAGCUGUCACAGAUUUUAAACCGGAUCACAUCCUACCAAGCCGGCAUACAGCCGAAUCCCAACGAUAUAGAGAAAGGAACCGGCAAGCCGAAAGCAAAUCUUGGCACAAUUCUAGGUGUAUACUUACCAUGUAUACAAAAUAUUUUUGGUGUUUUGCUAUUUGUUCGCCUAACAUGGAUUGUAGGAAUGGCAGGAGCUAUGGAAGCCUUCUGUAUAGUUUUUAUAUGUUGUUCAUCUACCAUGCUGACAGCUUUUUCUAUGAGCGCUAUAGCAACAAAUGGGGUGGUUCCUGCAGGGGGGUCAUACUUCAUGAUAUCCAGAUCCCUGGGGCCAGAGUUUGGAGGUGCUGUGGGGGUGCUCUUUUAUCUAGGCACCUCUGUGGCCUCUGCAAUGUACAUCCUAGGCUCUGUGGAGAUAUUAGUUAAAUACAUGGCACCCCAGAGUAAUAUAUUUGAGGACGUGUUCAACAGCUACCGCUUGUACGGGACCUUAGUCCUGCUCAUCCUGGCCUUCAUUGUGUUUGUGGGGGUGGGCUUUGUCAGCAAGUUUGCAGCUCUCUCCCUGGCCUGUGUCAUCAUCUCCAUACUGUGCAUCUACAUUGGUAUAUUUGUGGCCAACCCUGAUAGAAGUGUGGAAGUCUGCAUGCUGGGUGAGAGACUGCUGACUCAAGACGCCGUCACGUUUAAUGGAACUUUCAUGUGUACCAAGAACGAGUCUGGCCCCAUCUACCACCGCUACUGUGUGGAGGAGUCCAACACCAGCUCCAGCUGUGAUUACUUCAAGAACCCAAACACUGAGGUCCACAUACUCAAAGCCUUGCCUGGUCUGCCCAGUGGGGUCUUUGCUAACAACAUGUGGAACAAAUACACUCAAAAAGGGAAAGUAAUUGGCACAGAAAUGGAGGGUUCUGAACGCAGAGGGGAGAUAAUUGCUGAACUGACUUCAUCCUUUAUGGUUCUGCUAGCUAUCUAUUUCCCUUCUGUUACUGGUAUCAUGGCUGGCUCCAACAGAUCAGGUGACCUAGCAGACGCCCAGAAGUCUAUCCCCAUCGGCACAAUAGCAGCCAUCUGCACAACUUCCUCUGUCUACUUGUCCAGUGUUCUGUUCUUUGCUGGCUGUAUAGAUGGCAAUGUGCUCAGAGACAAGUUUGGUGUGAGUAUUGGGGGCAGCUUACUUAUAGGGAAGCUGGCCUGGCCCCAUGAGUGGGUUAUUCUGAUUGGUUCCUUCUUAUCAACACUGGGGGCUGGCCUUCAGAGUCUGACAGGCGCACCUCGUCUUUUGCAAGCCAUUGCCAAAGAUGGAGUCAUUCCAUUCCUCCGAGUGUUCAGUGUGACCACAAAGCGUGGGGAGCCAUUCAGGGCGCUGCUGCUGACUGCUUUUAUAUCUGAGAUUGGCAUUUUGAUUGGCAACUUGGAUUAUGUGGCCCCCAUCAUCACAAUGUUUUUCCUCAUGUGUUAUGGUUUUGUUAACAUGGCCUGUGCUCUACAAACCCUGCUGCAAACCCCCAAUUGGAGACCCAGGUUCAGAUUCUACCAUUGGACUCUCUCCCUUGUUGGGCUAAGCUUGUGUAUUGUCCUGAUGUUUAUCUCUAGCUGGUACUAUGCACUGGCUGCCCUGGCUAUAGCUUUCUGUAUCUACAAGUACAUUGAGUAUAAGGGAGCUGAGCAGGAGUGGGGUGACGGUAUACGAGGUCUGGCCAUGUCCGCUGCCCGUUAUUCACUGCUCCGGCUGCAGUCUGGACCACCCCAUACCAAGAACUGGAGACCUCAGCUUCUGGUACUGAUGAAAUUAGAUGACAAUCUUCAGCCUAUGUUCCCCAAGUUGGUUUUAUUUGCCAGUCAGCUGAAAGCAGGUAAAGGCCUGGUCCUGGUCAACAGUGUCCUGGAGGGUAACUUCAGGGACAGGUACCCAGAUGCUCAAGCCAGCAAACAGAGCCUGAUAAAUCUGACCAAAGAAUAUGGUGUCAAAGGCUUCUCAGAUGUGAGCAUUGCAACAGAUGUUACAGAAGGUCUUUGUCAGCUGAUCCAGAAUGCUGGACUGGGAGGUUUGAAACACAACACUGUGGUCCUAGGCUGGCCGUAUGGAUGGAGGCAUGAUGAGGAUGACAGGAGCUACAGGGUUUUUCUAGAUACUGUGAGAAAUGUGGGGGCAGCCCAGAUGGCACUGCUUGUACCUAAAGGGAUCAACCAGUUCCCUGACAUGGGCGCCAAACUACGUGGCACCAUUGAUGUCUGGUGGAUUGUACAUGAUGGAGGUCUGUUGAUGUUGCUGCCCUUCCUACUGUGUCAGGACAGGACAUGGAAGAACUGCAAGCUUCGCAUCUUUACUGUGGCCCAAACUGAGGAUAACUCUAUCCAGAUGAAGAAAGAUCUACAGACCUACCUGUACCAGCUGCGUAUCCCAGCAGACGUGGAUGUUGUGGAGAUGGCCAACUCUGAUAUAUCAGCCUACACGUACGAGAGGACCUUGAUCAUGGAGCAGAGAACUGAUAUGUUAAGUAAAAUCAGGAAUGCGCAAGUGGGGAACAAUGGCAGUGCUAGCAGAGUGCCCACCAUCACGCUGUCCCCAGUACCAGAGGAGAGCAGCACUGAUGUCCCAGAGAAGGAACAAAGGACUACAGACAAAUCUCAGUUCACUUUCACACCCCAGGAUGCCAAAACACUCAUCAAUAAAAACAAGAAACCAGACAAGGACAAUGUCCGUCGUAUGCACACUGCUGUUAGACUGAAUGAACAUAUUGUUGAAAAAUCCCACAAUGCUCAGCUGGUCAUCCUCAACCUUCCUGCCCCACCAAAAUCAGACGCUGGUGCUGAAAACUACAUGGAGUUUCUAGAGGUGCUGACUGAGGGGCUGGAGAGGGUGCUGAUGGUGAGAGGGAGUGGACGGGAGGUCAUCACCAUCUACUCCUAACCUCUGGAGUCCAACCACAGCAUCUCACAUUAGACUGGUGACACAUCGGACUGGUGACACAUCGGACUGGUGACACAGACUGAUGACACAGACUGAUGACAUAUCUGACUUGACAUCAUGCCAUUGGGUUAACUGUGUAAAAUAUUGUUUUCAAACAUGACAUUUUGUUUGAACAUGACAUAUCAAACAUGACUUACAGCUGUUGAAAAGCAAUUUUAUUUUCUACCAUCACUUGACCUUUCAUAUCACUUUGCAGCUUUGCAUAUAUCACUUCAAAUAAUGCAACACUGCACUUAAUUCAUAUACCAUAGGACGACAUAUCACUUGACGUACAUAAUGAUACAUAUGACACAAUACAGUAUACAACACUACUUAACUCAUUGACCGUUGGGAUAAAACUAUUUCUCAAAUAUUUCUAUUGUCAUACCAUGACAUCUACAUUCUUUGACAUUUGUGACAUUUACAAUGUAGUCCCAACAAGACAAUGAACAUACUGGACUUUGGUCAUUGCCCAGAUGACCAUAGCUGAAUGUCUGGCUGCAGGACUGGCCUAUCAUGUCUGGAAGUUCCACAUGGAGUCUAGUCUGCUGGGAGGUCAUCCUGACACAUCCACCAGAUGUUGUAUAAUCCACAUGAUCAUGUUUGUAAUCCACCAGACAUUGUACAUAACCCAAGUGGAUGCAUCCAUCAGUGGACUGCUUCAACGUUUUAAUUUAUUCACUUGAACCCUGAGGUCAAAUAAUCCAUGUGUUUAUCGUAUGGUAACCUCUGAUCUUGCAUAUGAAAUAGCAUUAUUUGUAUCCAGUAGCAUCCAAUGGUUUGUGUCAAGAACCAUCAUGCACAUGGGACUGGUUGGUGCUUACAUUGUUGUUUUCUUGUCAUUUGCAGGGUCCUGUUUACUGUUCAAUGCUUGCUGUAUACUUAAGUCUAGCUGGUGAUAUCAUUUCUUACCAUUUUUUGUGUGUGGAGAAAUUGAUUUUAUUUUGUGUUUAUACUAUCUUGUUAUACGGGAAAUGUUAAUGUGGUGAUCUGUUACUGAAAAAUGUUUCAAAAUGUGUGUGGUGGUGUUGUUUCUCUCUCCUUACCCCCAUCCACCUCCACCCACAACCAUUGUCAUAUUUUUUUUACUUUAAUUAUUUGGGUUGUCUUAGCAUAGGUUUGUCUCCUGCUUAAAUUCAUCUUUUCAGCUGUGAUUUCUGCUGGUCCAAGGGAAGUAGGAAUUCUUUCAAGGAAGCAAAUGUGCUACUGUUAUUUCCCUUUGAUAACCAGGGGAGGUAAUAUAUUUAUCUUCCCCAUUACUUCUUCCAACACUCUCACUGCCCCAUUCUUCUGAUUACUGUACAAGUGUAUGCCAUGGGUCAUCUAUGUCAGCCGCUUUCUGAUGGUAUCAACAUUUAUUGGAUGCUUUGUUUUUUAAUGACAGUUAUUAUUUUAUUCGUCAGCACAUAUGGUAUAAAAAAAAUUGUGCAAACAGAAUGAAUACAGACUAAUUACACUGGUCUCUGAAGAAACAUUGGCCUACUUAAGAUGACAUUUGUUAUGUUUUAUGACCUGUAAUAUUUUCCUGAUACCUCUAGAUGAAAAAUUAAGUUUAACAAAACACAAUGUUUUUUGCAAUACUAAAUGACAUGUAGCACUAGUGCACACUGUACUCUUAAAACAAUUAUCAUACGGAUAGUAAAAAAAAUUAUUAUUUUCUGUAGCAAGAAUGGGUUACAAUAGCUAUAUUGUUGUGUGGGUUAAUUUACAUCCUAGACAGAGGGUUGGUUGUUACACAGCUGUGUGAUUCAAUUGGUUUAGUUUUUAACUGGAGACAAGAGCUACCAUCAACUGAAAGGAUUUUCAAGAGGAUUUCUUAAUGUUUUGGUCUAGUCAUUGUCUUUUUUCUGACUCAAUGAAGACAAGGAUAGUUGCUUAGCUUUAAAUUACUCCAUAUGUAUAUUUAUAUAGUUGCAACAUCGCUGGGAGGUACUGAUGUAAAAGACUAAAAAAAAAUUUAAGUGUGCAAAUCUUUAAGGAUGGCCUUAUAGAACUUACAUAUUAUUCUCUUCAUCCCCAUGUAUCUAAGAAGUCCAAAGAAACUGUUCAUAUGUUGUUUAGUCCCUUGUAAUUACAAAUAUUAUGGAACAUUCUGAAAAAAAAUACUACGCAAACAUUAAUGGCACCUUCAGUUAUGUUUCUGAGAGUUAAACCAAUCAUCUUUGCUGUUGUUUAUUCUGCUUUGCUAAAUGAACCAAUCAACGGCCAGGUUUUUAAAAAUUAAAUCUUAUUAGGUGGACCAAUCACCACUCCCGGUUUAUACAGCCUACCUUUGCUGACUGUGUAUGAAGUUUUGAUCUGUGAAAUCUUGUUUAUGUGUAUAUAAAAAUGCUAGUUGCGUUCACUGUACUGAAUAUGUAUGUUGGUGUUAGUUGUCCUCUUUAUAUAGGUUUCAUUUUAUUUUUUGUUUUUUUGGUUCAUUUUUUUUUUUAACAUGUCCACUAAUUCAUGCCAUGCACAUGCUAUUUAUAUAUUUUGACCAACUGUUUUUUUUAACCACAUUUUAUAUUUCUUUGCAUGCUAGACUAGUGUUUAAGCUUAUAUAUUAGUGGUCAGUACAAUUUUAACUAAUACAUUAGUGCUCAGUGGUAACUGAUCUUAUUUAUAAUAGCUAAAGUGAGAAUAUUGGAUGAAUGUACAAAAUAUAUGUUUAUAAAUUGCUUUCUGGUGAGUUUUGUCUAAUGUUAGUAAAGCAGUUAUGUUGUAUGAUGUAUUUAACAUAACGUUUAUUUUUAAUUUUGAUUAACCGAUCACGACAAAUAAUUUUCAUUGAUUAAUUUCUGUAUUUGCUUGAUAAAAAAAAAGACAUUUUUAUUUGUGUACAACUCGUUGGGUAUUCUGUUUCAGGUGUUUUUUUAAAUUUGGUAUUUUUUAAUUAGAUAGCAUUUCAGGAGUAGAUUUUUAGAAAUGAAAGCAAUAUUGCCAUGAUAUGUAAUCAGCAUUGUAAAAAUUUCAUAUCUUUUUCCAAUACACUUUUUAGUGGUGGAAAAUGCUUUGUAAAAAUGUUCAUUCAACAAUCUUAUAUAAACAUUGAGAAACUGUUUUUAGAAUGUGUAAAAGUUGAAUUGAUUGGAGUUAGUUUUCAAAAUUAAAAUUGGAUAUCAAAAUUGCAGGUGAUACAAAAAAAAUGUUUUGGAUUAUAUACAGACAUGUACACACUUACUUUGUUGCUGUCAGUUGUAUUGUUAGCUAAUUAUCAAGCUAAUUGCAAUCAAAAUAUGGCUGUGUGAUUUACAAUAAUUUUAUUGGAUGUGAUUUUUGUUCAAGGGAGAUGAUUCUGUAAACCAUUGUUGUUUAUUUUUUUUUUAAAUUAAAAUAAAUCUCAUUAGAAUUUUAGGAAUAUUUCAUCUGCUCCAUAAAUCAUUUAAUGGAGAGAAAAAAAUGUUAGUGGGUUUUUUUUUUUAACAUUUUUGCAAGCAGAAGAAAUUAGUUUCCAAUCUUCAGUAGAAAAAAAGAAAAAGCUGCCUUAUUCAGACAAGUUUAAAUUCUAUUAAGUUUAUGUACAAGGGUGGUCAACCACUCCCUACAUACUGGUCUUAAGGUGUUUAUCAUGUUGAUGAUAAAUGGUAUAUGUCAUGUGAUCUGGUCAUCAACUUAGAACUUUAAUUUAAAUAUUUAUUCAACAAGCAAAAAAAAAGUCAUUGGAUAUCUUUAUUUAACCAUUUUCUUUUCUCUAAUGAUAUAUUUUUUUAUAAUCUAUGGUGGCCAGAUUUUUUCCAUCUGUACAACUAAAAUGUAUUUUGUCAACCCACUUGAAACAGUUCAUUUGAUCUGUAACAUUGUUUUUUUUUAUUUAUUGAGUUCAAGAUGAAAUUGGUGUGAGUUAAAUACUAAUUAAGUUAAAAGUAAAGUUGUAAUUGGUGAGUGAUAGGUAGAGAUGGUCUGUGCAAAGCUUUGUGGACAGUGGUUCAUAUGGUCAGUGUAAUUUAUCUUUCAUUGUUUUGAUAACUCACAAGUUCUACUGAUCUAAGUAAAAAAAAAAUUGUUUAACAAAAUAUAAAUAAACUAUA